AUGGGAGGCGACGGUGGCAGUAUACCAGGUCGUAUUGACCUGGUUAGAACAUCCGGUUACACAUUCGUCCGCAAUUUAGGAGGGAUGGGAUAUUCUCCUAAUACACAGAUGAAAGCAGCUGACGAACACCUUACCAGUGCGCAGAUACGAGAUUUGCGCUGGAGUACGUGCAGCUUAUCGCAGGAACCUUUAUCACGCCCUAUUAUGGCAUGUCGUGUGGGACUAUUGUACAAUAAAGAGUCUGUUAUCAAAUAUAUUUUGGCUAAGAAACCAUUGGUUUCCAUGCAGCACACUAAGAACUUGAAAGAUUUCAAGGAGGUUAAAUUUCAGGUUGACCCGGACAGCCGUCGGUUCGUAUGUCCUAUUACCCGUACUGAGUUUUGCGCUGCCAAUCGUGGCGUGCUGGUUUGGAAGUGUGGAUGCUGCGUGUCGGAAAAGGCCUUCAAGGAGCUUAUGAAGAGCCAAACAUCGCAAGGGGAAGCUUCUUGCCCGAACUGCAACGCGCCAUUCGUCUACAAUCCGCAGGCGUUCGACCUACAGUCUACGACCCUGGACCCUAUGAGCCACGACAUGGUGAUGCUGGUCCCUGACCAUUCGGAAGAGGGUUAUUUGCGGGCUAAAUUGAUGAAAAAGGGAAAGGGCAGUCGUUAA